CACCACCCCCUCAUCAUCUGGUUCUACAGCCAUCAUUUUGCCUCUUCUCUGACUCGCUCGCCGGAGAAAAGUGGGAGGCGGCGGAGGCCAUGGCGAGGGCCGGAGGUAUCACGAACGCUGUGAACGUAGGGAUUGCAGUGCAGGCUGAUUGGGAGAACCGUGAGUUCAUCUCCCACAUUUCCCUCAAUGUUCGUCGCCUCUUCGAUUUCCUUCUCCAGUUCGAGGCAACAACAAAGAGUAAAUUGGCAACUUUGAAUGAAAAGCUUGAUGUCUUGGAACGUCGGUUGGAGGUACUUGAAGUCCAAGUGAACAGCGCAUCGGAAAAUCCCUCACUAUUUAUAUGAUGUAAAGUGCUGCAAGGAUUGUUGUUGUUGUUCUUAUCGGUUGUCUACAGAUUUCAUCAAAAGCAAUGAGGUGACUGUUUAGGGUUUUGCACAUUUCUACAUGAUCAUAUCCAAUAUUUGUUGGUAGAUUAAAUACAGAUGGAGUACAAUAUCCCUAAACUUGAUGUAUAUUUUGAUCCGCUAUGUAUGAUGUAAAGAUUUCUUACUCCUUUCUUGUACUGAUGGAAAUUAAGUCAUUUGCGGACAUUUGUA